AUGGAAAGAAGAAUGCUAUUAGUGAAGAGCGAGGAUGUUUCCUGCUGGAGGCGACUGGACCCGCACCCCAGGGAGCAUGAAGGAGUCCCGAUUCAAUCAUACUUACUUAAGAGGCUGCCCCAGGGGGAGGUGGCAUAUGGAAUAUAUUUCUCAGUCUCUAUUAUCUCCAUCUACAGCAUGUUCUUCCAUAUGGCGGGCAUUAAUAUACAAUUGGAUUUCUCACUCGGUGUAGUAGAUCCGAGGAAAUCCGGAGGGAUACAGGCAGGGGAAAAAAGAGUAGAAAAGAGCGGAACUAGGAGAACAAGAGAGGCCCUGCGGGACACCGCCCGCGCUACAAUUGAGUUGUCACACUCCAGGAGCGGCAUCUGCAUCCCAUAUUGUCAGCUUUCGUCGCCCCAGGCUCUUGUUAUGAACUAUGUCUGUCACAAUGGCCAGUCAACAAGUUUGUUUUGCGGCCUAUUCAGACUUGAGAGGAUUUUUCGAGUCCAUCAUGCCAAGCUGUCAAUGUCAGAACAUGAUUGUUCCGAGUUCUUCAUUGCCACGACUCAUUUAAAUAAUUCAUAA